AUGAGCCUGACGAGCAACCAGAGGCGCGCCCUGGCGCGGCAGCAAUGCCGCGCGGCCUUAGCAGCCCAUAUUCAUGAACGGCUGGGCCUGUUAGUGCCUCCGCAACACGUGCGCUUACAGCCAUCCGCAGAGGAUGGAUACGCGUGGUCCGUGUUGCAGGGUAAGGAAUAUCUGCUGGACAAGAACCUCGGUAACGGUACAGUGGGCCGCUAUGAAGACAUAAUGAAGCAAAUUGGUUCAUCGUUCGAAGCGGUGACCCCGCAGAGACAGCAAUCAAAACCCGCAGAACAUAUGACAACGUUAAGUGAUGAGCCCGAAUCCUCCGAAGCCAGUUCCACAUCCUUCACGGAGAUGAUCCAGCAGCUGGAACACGAUAAACACGUCCUCGCCGUCGAGCUUGAAAGCACUCGAGCCUACUCGUCGCAGCUGCUCCGCAAAGACGGUGAGUGGCAAGAAAAGACCUGUAAUCUUGAAAAAGAACUACACGAGUCCAGGUCUUCAGUCAAUCAACUUGAAACUGAGCUUGGACGGGUGAAGGAAGGGAUGAUUGCAGCCAUGACGGUUUUGCGGAGCUGCCAGCAUUCGAAAGCAGACAGCACUAGCCUAGAAUCGAAUGAUGAGAAGCCUUAA